AUGAUCCGCCAAAAAUGGCUUCCCCAUGCCAGGGCCAUAUUCGCCGCCCAGAAAAGAUGUCUUUCUUCGCCAAGCGGCAGAUUCCCCAAGUUCGCCCAAAUCGAUGAGAGCUGGGGAUCUCUACAGGAGAAGCUCAACUCUUCUCUGGCCCGGGCCAGUCCCGGUGGAAUCUUGAAGCCAAAGCCAGUACCUCGCCCUCCAUUGAAGCGUGCAGUGGCUGAGGACCCUGGUUCCGGGCACAUGGUUAUCAUCGAGGGUCUGCCAACGUCGCUUGUCGCUGCUGACUUCCAUCGUCUUGCGCCGGGUACACUUGCUGGCUGGGAAAACGGCAUCACUCAUGUCUUCCAAGAACGCGAUCCCUGGACCAUGGAACCACUUGGCACAUACUACAUAACCUUCCCCUCCAGCGCCGCCGCUGACAUCUACCGCGACAGAGUCCAUCGUAUCCUCCGCCUCGCCCAAGCAAAAAUGAGAGACGGCACAGGUCUCUGGGCCUCCAAUGUGAACCCCGUUUUCAUCAAUAAAAAAACCAAUCCCGAAGUUGAGGUCGAGCGCUUCACACUCCUCCCAGGCUCAUACCCAUCCCAUCCUAAAAUCAGGACCACACGGGUCAAAAGGAUGGGAUGGCAGCAAGUCAUGCAUCGAAUCAUCAAAAAAUCCUCCCAUAAAAGGAAUCCUAGCCAUGUGCUGCUUGAGCUACCGCAAGCGAGCUUCUCGGCGUCGGAGCUCAAGGCGAUCAUAAAGCAGGACGGUAUAGAAAGUGGACACGAUUGGCAGAUGGAUGUGUUCAGUCUAAGGGAGACUAUGGACUUUGAGGAGGGCUUUCCCGCAAAGACCCGCCGAGUACCUUUGUAUCGAAGCUGCCCGGAGUUUCGACACAAGCUCGUUUCACGGUUUGUCCUUACCUGCGCGAAUCCUGGAGUUGCAUGGCGAUUCAUUCGUAACUGGAAUCAGCGCAUUCUUGAAUACGACGGAGGAGACGAGGUGAUCCAACGUAAUCGUGUAAAAGUAUCGUACAUUCAGACUUAG